AUGGCAUUUAUAGAUAUCCAAAAUAUUCCGCACUUCAAAUCGGUUAACAAUUCAGUUCUUCAGUUUGAUUUAAACGAGGCAAGUUCGUGUCAUGAUUUUGAAUUUUCUAGUCUUUUGACCUGGAUGCUUUGGAGAACUACCGAAAUGCCGUUUUUUCUUUUAAUUCCACAACAUAUGAGUUACCAUCUAAGGAAGGGGAAGACGAUGUGGCGGAUAAGGAAAUGCUUCCAUCAGGUUCAUCGUCUUUGAUCGGGAUGGUAGCAGCCCAAUCAAGGUAAGUAUUCCUAAGCCGUUUUGCAUGUCUUUGUUUAGAAUACUACGUGAGAAUUUCGAAUAUUUGAAGACUCAAGUCACCAAGAAGAACAUUGAGAGGACCUUAAGGGAUAAGAAACGAGGAAUGCAAUACGACAAAUUAAGACAUAAGGAAAGAUGCACAGAAUUUGAUGCGAAUGUUUUCAGAGGGAUUAUUCCUGUUCAGGUACGGGUCUGCGAUGACGCUAUAAAAUUUUGAUCUUAGUUGAAUCGCAAAGAAGGAGUAUACCGAUGGAUUGGUCGAUUAAACUCACAAAUCGAAGCCGAAAAGCAAUUUCGACAGCGGUUGAGGCUGCCCAAUAGACUUCCAAUAUUCUUAUCGGUGGAUGAAAAUUUCUUUCCAGGUAUGGAGUUGCUCAAAUUGCUGAUGAUUUUUUACUUCAGAAUUACCAGAGGAAGCAGUUCGGAUAGUACAAAACGCUUGGAAUGGUGGGAGUGAUACUGAAGUGUUUUCGGAAGAUUUUGGUGUGAAGAUCGUUCGAAAAGACCUUAAAACUCUGAAGGGAUUAAAUUGGUUGAACGAUGAGAUCAUUAACUUUUAUUUGAAUUUGAUUAUGAGGAGGUCGGAACAAAACGACUCGUUUCCAAAGGUGAGCCCGGUAGAACCUAGACUGUUAUUGUUUUAGGUUUACGCUUUUAACACAUUUUUCUUCGGUACAUUAAGCGACCGUGGAUAUGCUGGAGUAAGACGGUGGACUCGUAAGAUCGAUAUAUUUUCUUUUGACGUGAUCUUGGUGCCUGUACAUAUGGGUAAUCAUUGGUGUAUGUCAGCAAUAGACUUCACGAAGAAGAGUGUAUUAUAUUUCGAUUCGCUUGGAGGACGGAAUAACUCCUGUUUACGGCUGUUAGGGUUUGUUCAAGUUUGUAAUAUCACUCUCACUUGUCUUUAGAAACUAUUUGGUUGAGGAACAUCUGGAUAAAAAAAAGUCGAGUUACAGUGUUGCCGAUUGGAUUUUCGAUUGUCCUGCGGUCCCAAUGCAGAUGAACGGCUCUGACUGCGGAGUCUUUAGUUCCGUGUUCGCCGAAUUCGCAUCGAGGCAGUGUGAUUUCCAGUUCGACCAACGGAUAAUGCCUUAUUACAGACAACGCAUGGUAUAUGAAAUAGCCAGAAGACAACUAAUGAUAUAAAUAAAAUAUUAUCAAUAUCGUGCCUUAUUUAUUGCCUAAAUCGUUUGAAAACGAGUUGAUUAUAUAAUUUUUUCGUGUUAAUAAGGUGACCUGUUUUUAAGAUGGAUGAGAAUAUGGUAGUUCAACAAUUCCGAGCUUUCGUUUACGAUUCGAUUCAGAAUGGAACGCCACCAUUCGCGUUUUAUCAGCAGUUUAAUGAAGUAGCCAUGCACUUACAUUCCAAUCUCAUCAUCGAUAGAGUGUGCGAACAACUGGUUGAGGUCGCUCGGAAGGAUCACAAAGUACACCAUAUUCUCUACGAAUAUGUGGACGUAAUGAUUCAGAACGGGGUGUUCACAAUGAUGAAUUUCAUUCAACUGUUAACAAAAUUCAAUAACAUUCAUGUUCUGGAUGUAACUGUCUCAUUUAUCAGGAAGGUCACCGAUGAUUUGCGCGUUAUAAAGUAAGGUUAAAAGAAAGAAAGGUUAUUUUAGAUGCGAUUUUGAUGACGAAAAGGAAAGGCUGGAGUUGUGCUAUGUGUACAUUACGGUAGUCAAAUGGUUGGUUGAAUUGGCAUGUCUGGCUGUCAAGGAGAGGAUUCCGAAACAGUUAGUAUUACUGGAUGAAGUUAUCUAUUCUCUGACAUUCAUCUCCACCAACGAGUUUGCUCGAACGAUUAUGUAUUUUGUUUGUAUGGAUGACAACGGUAUUUAUUGCAAAGAAUCUUGAUUUUUUGUUUAGAAGCUUUGAUUGACAUGUUGGAAAACCUAAGCUCCAUUGAAGGGAUGCUAAGUAUAGACGAAACAGGUGACGGAAGUUAUGACAUCGAAUGUUCUACCCGCAUAGAGAGAUUGAAGCACAUGGUGGAAGAGUAAGUUGUUUGGUUCAGAAGUGCAAAUAUUUCUUAGUUUUUCGAGAAAGCCGGAGUUCUAUGUCGAUUAUUUGGAAACCUACCGAUUCGGUGCGAACAAGGUCUGUUUUUGUUGUUUUAUAUCAAGAAUUUUUAGUCAGAGCCAGUUAUCUUGUCCAUGUGCUCCAUUUUUUCGACCUUCCGUGUUUUGACAACCACAUCUGAGAUGGCUCAAUCAUUCAGAAAUAUGGGGCAGAUACUACAGUAUGACAACUUGAAGUUGGUCAGAGAUCUGUUACGCGGAUCUUUUGUAGCCCAACUGGAUGCCUACAGAAACAAAUGUCGGCCCGCAAUGGCUGAUGUAUUUGUUUUUUGCAGACUUCCAGAGAUUAUAGCGGCCUACAAGAACGAGUUUUUGGAUUCGAAACAAUUGUUUAAUUGUCUGUCCGAGUUGGCUGCAAACAAACCACUCUUUAACGGUGUCGAUCAUUAUCGACGCGAUGACACUUUCGCCAAUUUCUUAGAAUGUUUGCAAGGACAUAGACUCCUAGAAAUGGACCAUGUUGAGAGGCUUCUGGGUGAACGGUAGGUCUCCGAAAAAAGACUCAGUUUUUCAGACAUACUUCGAAAGGAGACAGUGAUCUCUUCCCAGAUUUUUCAAACCUCUCCAUGGAAGUCUCUACGAAUGAACCAAGGUAUAUGAAACUGCAGAGUGCUGUCGCCUUAUCCAAUCAUUUCAAACCUCUAUUCCACAGAGAAGAUGAUUCCCAAUUCAAAGUUGUCCUGAAUGAAUUGUUGGUCAAGAUGUCGGUGGAUCUAAUCGAUUUUUUAAUUGGAGUCUUGUGUUCCCGUGGAGAUUUAUACGACUUUUUAAAUGUUGUUGCAGAGUAAGUUGAAUCGUGCUUGUCGCAUAUUUUUUUUUUAGAAUAAACAGAAGUUGUCAAAGUGUUGCAAACGAGGACAAAGCCGGUCUUCAUUUCUAUGACUUGACUGUCCUCUUGCUUUUUCGAAUACGGUAUCUUAUUCCGGAUAUAAAGCUGGAGGAUCUCUGCGGGGGAAUUGAAGAUUCCUUUAUUUUUCAAUGGCUCAACAACUACAACAACGCCCUUUUCUCAGACAGACAUGUUGAACCGAACCAGCAGAUUAAGGAUCUGGCCACUGUAGCUUAUCAAUGUGUGAAACAAGGGACCAGUUUCUGGGGUCUUUCAGACAACUUUGGCUCUCUUCUAGAAGCAAUUCCGGUUCUUGGGGAAAUUGUUGUCAACGAUUUCUCCAAGGCUACUGAGUAUGAGAAGCCUGUUAUAGUUGAGAAACUGCUGGAAUCAUUUGGCGAUGUGAGCAGUGCUUAUGUUGUCUACGUCCAAUGGCUGCAUAUGAACAAGAGCCCCGAGAAAUAUGAUAUUGCGUCUGUUGUUAGGGAUAAUAUGAAAAAACAUUUGAAGAAAGCACACUCUUUGAAGGAUGAUAACACUUGCAAAAAGUAAGUAAGAAAAAAAUCGAGAAGUAUUUUUAGAUGGCGUUUGACUGAGGAAAGUUUGUCGGACUUGGUAAUAAACAUCGCUGAGGGGCCGCAGCCUCAUGAAACAACUUAUCCAGUGUUGAUUACCUGUGCCAUUGGUGACGUCAGACCUCUAAGAGUAAAAGAAGUAUGUUCCUGCAACAUGUUUUUAUCCUAUUGUAGACGCCGAACAUGACCAUGUUGAAAAAUGCAUUCUUCAUUGCAUCACAGAAGGGUUACAUUUGUCAGAGUGUACUAAAUUAUGUGGUCGAUUUGAACAGAAAGAAACGCUAUGAACGCUGGAUUAAGGUUUGUUUGUUCUGAUGUCUAGUAGGAUUUUCUUUCGUUUUAAAAAUCAAUUUUUAUAUAAAAACCCGUAGUUAACGACGACGAUGUUUGUAGUAUCUGUAAAUACAAAUUCGCCGGAAACUCAAAAAAAAAUCUUUGAGGACUUUAAAGCAGUGUUUUCGUGAAAUCAGUUUACAAUUAGCAAUAUAAAUUUUUUGCAGUGCUGGCUUCAACAGGUGUACAAGCAUGAGUCCGUUGAUGAACUUGAAGCCGAAGCUGAGCUCUGCUUUGCCGCUGCUCUGUCACUCCCCGCCGAAUGUUUUCUGCGUUUGGCCACUCUUUUAACCGAAGACAACAAUUUCUCGGCCCUCUCCGCGUCGUAUCCCUCAGGCUAUAACCAUAUUUGGGCCUUGGCUCGAAUGCUAGUCCGGGUUCUGUUUGUGUUGCCCUGGGUGAAACAACAGAACAUUGACGAGGCUGCUAAAUUCAAUGAAAGGAGACGUUUACGAAGGAAAAGACGAUCUAACAACUACCGCCGCAUUCCAUCGACCCCGGAUGCUGAGGCAUUGGGUCAAGCCAUUGAUGGGCUCGUGAAAAAUGUCAUCGAGGAGUUCGAUGUGGUCCUCAAGAAGACCAUCCUCGACCACAAGAAGACGUAUGCCAGUUGCUUCAUCAAGGAGAUCACGUCUUGCCCCCCAAAUGUUUUCCAAAAACAAAUACUAAGCCUCAUGCCUCAAGAAAUGGUAAGAGAGAGGGCUAUCCAUAUACGUCUUUGCAGUUCGUCAACACUAUAAAUCGGAAGUUCGACGACAUUCACAUAGCGGCCUUUUUGAAUACCUUUGGAAUGGAAGAUGAAACGAGUCGAAAGUUCUGCCUUCACAUUGUCUGUCUUCUAAGAAAGCUCAAUAAGAUUUGA